GGUCUCUCUGCUCAAGGGGUCCAUACCAGAGCAGAUCCCGACUCAGUGAGAUUCCCUCUGUCCUCCAGCCGCAUCAGGGUCAGUAGUUCUGGUCACACUUGGGGAGAGUCUUCCCCCUUACAUACUUCCUGAGAGACAGAAGAAGGAAGCCUCCACAACCGACUGUUUAUAUGAGAAAGGUGACUGUGGUCUGCCUCUCUCCUCUCUCAGCCUCCUGCAGUGGCCACUGCCAGUCUGAGAUCUCCGCUACCAGACACAGCCCAUCCUCCAGCUGAGCUGCUCCUGGAAACACAGUGUCAACAUGGUGCUUCCCAGUGGCUUACUCACAGGUAUAAAGGACCCAGUGGCACUGAAGAGCAUUGCUGUGACUCUGUCCAUCAAGGAUUUUGUGGCUGGUGUGUCUGCAACCUUAAAUUAUGAGAAUGAGGAGAAAGUCCCCUUGGAGGCCUUCUUUGUGUUUCCCCUGGAUGAAGAUUCUGCUGUUUACAGCUUUGAAGCCUUGGUGGAUGGGAAGAAAAUUGUGGCAGAGUUGCAGGACAAGUACCAGGCCCACUUGAAGUUUGAAGAGGACCUCCCUGGGGGAUUUCAGACUUACUUAUUAGAAGAAGAUAAGUGCUCCAGGGAUGUCUUCCGUUGCAAUGUGGGAAACAUGCAGCCAGGGUCAAAGGUGGCACUCACCCUGAAAUAUGUGCAAGAGCUUCCUCUGGAAGAUGAUGGGGCCCUGUGUUAUGUGCUCCCAGCAGUCCUGAAUCCUAGAUACUGUCUCUCUGAUCAAUCUGUGGAGAGUUGCCUGGAUCUGAAGACCCCAAUAGUCCCUUUGGAGGACCUGCCCUACACACUCAGCAUGGUUGCCACCAUCAGCUCCCAGCUUGGUAUCAGGACAAUCCAAUGCAACUGUCCCUUGAGUUCCAUUGACUACACUGGAGAGAACAAGACCUCUGCUCAGGUUACCUUGGCUGAAGGACACAAGUUUGACCGGGAUGUGGAACUCCUGAUCUUCUACAGGAACGUGCACAGCCCCAGUGUAGCUGUGGAGAUGGGGAUGCCUGAAAGAGAAUCAGAUACUCUAAUGGGAGCACCUUCUGCAAUGGUGAGUUUCUAUCCAGAAAUACCAGAAGUGGAGACUUCAACAAAAUGUGGAGAAUUUGUUUUCCUUAUGGACCGUUCAGAAAGUAUGAAGCGCCCAAUGAGUAGCCAGAACAGGUCUCAGCUGAGAAUAGAUGCUGCUAAGGAAACACUGAUUCUGCUACUGAAGAGUUUGCCUUUGGGCUGCUAUUUCAACAUCUAUGGAUUUGGAUCCACUCAUGAGGCGUUUUUUCCGAAGAGUGUGAAAUACACUCAGGAAUCCAUGGAGAAAGCAGUGGAGAAAGUAAAGCUUAUGAUGGCAGAUCUAGGAGGGACAGAAAUUUUAACACCACUACGGAAAGUUUUUAGGAAAACCCCCAUUCCAGGGCAUCCCUUACAGGUCUUUGUCUUCACAGAUGGAGAAGUUGCUGAAACUUUUAAUGUAAUCAAGGAAGUUAAGUUCCACAGCAAAAGGCACAGAUGCUUCUCAUUUGGCAUUGGAGAAGGGGUCUCUACCAGCUUAAUAAAGAACCUUGCCCGGGUGUCAGGGGGUACUGCAGAGUUUAUCACAGGCAACGACAGGAUGCAGUCCAAGGCUCUUAGGUCCCUGAGACGUUCUUUACAGUGUGUAGUAGAGAAUAUCUCUCUGAGCUGGGAUUUGCCUCCUGGGCUGUUUGUACACAUGCUAUCUCCAGAGCAAACUGUUGUCUUUAGAGGUCAAAGGAUAAUCACCUAUAGCCUGCUAACUGGACAGAUACCGCAAGACGAGGCUACAGGUGAAGUGUGUCUCAAAUACACCAUUCAUGGCAAAAGUUAUGAGGAAAAGGUGACAUUUUCUCUACAACCCAAGCCUGAUGACAACCUCACCGUUCAUCGUCUUGCCGCCAAGUCCAUGAUCCAGGCCAGAGACUUUGGCUACAGAGAGACAACACUGAUCUAUAAGAGAGAUGUGCUGGACAUCAGCUUAGAGUCGGGAAUCAUGAGCUCCUUCACAAUUUUUGUUGCUAUCAACAAGGAGCUCAAUGAGCCAGUCCAUGGGCCCCUGUUUCAUAGAGAUAUUCCAAGGCCAAUUCUCUUUAGUAGUUUCUCUAUGAGGCCAAGAAGUUAUCCUAAUGGCACACCCCAACAGCCUCGUUACCCCCAGGCGACGAAAUGCGUGAUUCACACAGAUACUCGCUCUGAGCUGCCCAACAUACUCAAAUUGCAUGCUUACGAACAAGGGAGCGUGGAGCAUACUGUUGCACAUCUGAUCUUUCUACAAAAUGCAGAUGGUUCCUGGGAUAUGAAUGAGGAUUUGGCUGAGGUUCUAGGUACUAGUUUGGAAGAUGUAAAGGCUGCACACCCUACUGAGGUGCUAGAACCCUCAGCUUGGGUCACAGUGCUGGCUGUGAUCUGGCUGCAUGCCAAUGGCAAAGAAUUGAAGGAUGAGUGGGAACUUCUGGAAAGAAAGGCUGUGGUGUGGCUUCACAACAAUGCAGUCCGUGACUUCACCAAAUUUAUGCAUGCUGCCAAUAAACUCUUGAAGACAUCUGUGAGUUCCUCGAUCUUCACUUUUAAAGGCUGAUACCCAGGAGAAGGAAGUCUUUUUUUUUUUUUUUUUUUCUGCCUCCUGCCAAGUCCUUCACCUUCUCUUCUGCUGAGAUGCAUUUUUGUCUUGAGUACCUUAUGGCCUGUAUCCUACUAUAAAAGUGAAGGAUAAUCACACUACUUUGACUAUCUGUUCUAGCUCCCACUGGAUACAAGUUUCGGUGUCUGCGUGUCCCCUCUGACAAGUGCUGGUAACCAUAGAAACUAUUUCCUAUCUUGGAGUAGUACAAAACAUUUGCAUGUAGUGAUGUUUCUCUCAGCUUUUAAAAACAGAUUAUACUCUGGUCUAAGAACUGUAGCAUUGCUGCUAGAGAAUGCCUGGAUUAGAUAAUUGUCUUUAUCCCUUCUCUACUCUCCUGUCAUUUUACAUACUUAUCAUUUAUAUGUUAUAUACGCAAGAUGAUUUGAAAUUUUCCAUUCUUGGAAGAAGUUGGAGUUAAAUUGAAAGCCAGCUUCAGGGGCAAUGUAACUUCAAGAUGACAGAGAUUCAAGGUUUCAUGUUGCCUAUUGUUACCGUUGGGAACAUUCUUUAUGCCCCCUUACUAUCCCUCUAUGUUCCAUACCGUUCUUUUUCCUGCCUAAGUGAUUUGAGUUGAGUCAUAUUUGUGAAUAGACAUCCAUCCUUAACCAUUAAUCAUCCUGUAAGAGGUUGAUAAUGAAAUUCGUA